AUGAGCAAUGAUAGCCUUGGAAACAGCUCCACUAAUUUAUAGCAUAACUAAAAUGAAGAUAAAGUCCAAUCUGUAAAGAAUUUGAUAACAAAUUUAAAACUUCAAUUAGAAUAGGAGAAAAUGCUUAGACAAGAGGAUUUACAGCUGUUGUAAGAAGAGCAAUCGAAAUUUAAAGAAUCAGAAAAUACAAUUAUAUAACUUUAGGAAUCAAUUUAGCGCUAAAAUAUAUAAAUUGAAUAGUUGGAAUAUAAAAAUGAAGCUCUAUAACGCAAAGUGGAUGAGCUACUAAUCUAAGUUAAUUAGAAAAAAAAUAAUGCUGGAGGUAUUUUUAGUGGUAUUUUUAAUGGCAAGUAAAAAUAAAUGAUGGAACAGCUGCAAAGCUAACUUUAGCAGUGUGAAGAAGAGUUGUAAAUUAAAACUGAAGAAACAGAAAGAUUGCACGAACAUUUAUAUGAACUGAAAAAAGAAUUAAAUAGCAAAAUUGAGUAGUUAAAUGGGUCUAUAGAGUAAUAUAAGUAAGUUAGUGAAUAGCAAUUGUAGUAAAUUAAAAAGCAAGAACAAAAAGAAGUUGACUUUAAAAAAUCUAUUGAUGGACUUCAUAAUGCAAAAAAAAUAAUUGAAAAAGAAUUAGAAAACGCCAUCAAAGAUCUAUAAAACCUUAAGGUUUAAUACUCUUCUGAUACUAGUUCGCUUAAUAGAGUUAUUGGAAUAUAAAAAGAGCUUCUUGACAUCAAAAUUCCUUCAUUUAAAAAAUAAACAUAGAAUUAUGAUAGUCUCAUAAACAUGGAUAAUGAGAAACCACAACAGUAAAUAACCCUUAAAGAAAAAGAAAGAGAAGUAUUUAAAAUGUUCAACGCCUAAAGAGACAGUAUUAAAAAAUAGUAUGGAAACCUAUUUACUAUUUUUGAGCAAAAAAUAAAUACACUUUUGUCAAAUAUUGAAAGCUCUUCUAACACAACAAGCACACCUCAAAGCACAUUCACUAAAUACAAAGAUUCUGCUUCAAUUUUUAAUUAUAAAAUAAAUAGUUUGAGGGAAGGUUUAAACAGUAUUUUUGCUUGUAUUGAUAAGAUAAUCUCAUUAGAGUAUUAAAUAUCUACAGCAAAGCAACAAAAUUAAACAAUAGAAUAAAUUGAAUUAGUUGAAAAGUAAGACAAUCAGAAAAUAAUGCUACUUGAGAGAUUAGAAGAAUCAAAAAAUUUAGUCACUACUUUUUUAAGUGAUAUGUAAUGCUAUUUAAAUGAAGAAAUGACUCUUUUUAAUAUACUUCCAUCUUAGCUACUGCAAACAUACUAAGAAUUAAUUGCUAGUAUUAAAGAUAUAGAGCUUAUUUAAAACUAUUACAUUUAAACAUUAUAAUCCCUUGUAGUGUUUAACAUAAAUGAUGCUUAGUAAUUCUCAUAUCUUAGAGACAACUAUAAAAACAAACAAAAUUCCAAGGAUGAGCUGGCAUAAAUAAGCAAUAAGUUAUUUGCUAAAUUAAAUGUUUUGUUCAGUUUGUUUAAAAAAAAGUCUUCAUAAGAAAACGAAAUAGUUGAAUAAAUAAUAGCUCUUUCAAAAGAAUAGCACCAAUAAAAAGGCGAAUAAGACUAUUUAUCUCAUAACAGAUAAAAUAUAUCUUACAAAUUCUAAUUGACAUCUCCUAAUGCCUUAAUAAAUGAGAAUUUAACUUUAAGUACAAGUUUAGAUGCUUUAAGGGUAUCAUUAAUUGAGAUCAAAGAUUUGUUCUUUAACUUCUUAAAUGAUUUUAACUUCAAAGAUUCAUUUAUUUUGGAGUAGUUUAAAUAAUAGGAUUUAAUCAGAGUAGUUGAUGAUUAUAUAAAUAAAAUCAAUAAAUCUAUAGAUAUUCAUUGCGUACUUAGCAAUUAGACAUAAAUCAAAGAAAUGAGUGACAAAAUUUAUGAUCAAAGUGAGUAAAUUAAAAGUUUACAUACUGCAAUAGAUGACUAGAAUAGUAAUUUAAAGAGUUUAAAUAAUAGUAAAGCUAAGGUAGAGGAAAUCUUAUAAAUUAAGAUAAAAAUAUUAGAUGAAAUCAAAGAAUAUCUUUAGAAAUAGAUGAAAAAUGAAAAUGAAAGCAAUAAUAAUUUAGAAUACAUUCUAAAUUUAGUUGAUUAAGAAAAGGGUACAGUAUUUUAUUAAAAAAAUCUUAUAUAAAUAGAGCAAGCAUAAAGCAAGGCUAGAAUAUAAGAUAAAGUAAAUAUGGAGAAAUUCUUAAAAGAAGUUACAAAUAACGUAGCACCAUUAGAGAAACUUUUAUCAGAUGAAAAGUUAAAUAAUGAAAAUGAAAAAAAGGCAUUAACUGUUUUCGAAAAAAGUAGAGAAAAAUUGAUUUCUUUGCUCUACUAAAAUAAUUAAUUAGAAAAAAGGGCUAAGGAUACUGCAGCUAAAGUAGAUGAGAAAGAUUAAAAGAUAAAAAAAUACUAAACAGAAAUAAACGAGUAUAAAUCUUAAAUAGAUAAGCUUAAAAUUAACUCUGCAUCAUCUUCAUCAAAUGAUAAUAAUAAUACAACUGCUGCAACUGCAAAUAAUCUUAUUGAUUUAUUAUGA